AUGGCCCUCGUGGGAACCAUCGAGACAGGCCUUUUCCUCAGAAUCGAAUCUGCCCUCACCCGGGGAGGCCCUUCGUCACUGGUGCCGGGUUAUACUAUCACAGGUAUGUUCCUGUACGCGAUGAUGCCUGCCUUGGGCGAAAUGGCAACAUGGCUUCCUCUACCUGGCGCCACUCCUCAGUUCUGUAGUCGCUAUGUUGAUGAUGCCCUCGGUUUCGCUGUCGGAUACAAUAAUUGGUACGCUGCAACUUUUUCAGGAUGCAGUGAUCUGUCGGCUACCGCCAUUGUAAUUCAGUACUGGAACAAAGAGAUCAACCUGACUCGUGUUUUGUGGCCCGGCGUGUGGAUCACCGUCAUCCUCGUUAGCAUUACGCUACUCGAUUGCAUCUGUGUCGGCAUAUUUGGUGAGGCUGAGUUUGCUCUGGUUACCAUCAAAGUCUUUACUCUGCUGGGUCUUUUGAUACUAGCACUCGUCGUUGAUCUAGGCUGUGGAUCGAAUGCUCACCGUCUGGGUUUUCAAUUCUGGAAUGAUCCGGGCGCGAUAAAUACAUAUCUCACCACAGGCGCGUUCGGACGUUUCCUUGGUUGGUUUUCUGUUCUCAUCAAUGCCUCCUUCUCCUACGUCGGCAUUGAGCUGGUUGCUGUUGCCGCCGGAGAGACCAAGAAUCCUCGCCGUAACAUACCUAGGGCCGUCCGUCGCACUUCUGGCGUAUUCUGUUCUUCUACUCGCUUGGCCGCGAGCGCCCCCGGUGCAGCACGAUCGCCAUGGGUCAUUGCAAUCCAAGGAGCCGGGAUAACUGGUCUCCCCUCACUCAUCAACGCCGUCAUUUUGUCUUCGGCCAUAUCAGCCGCGAAUGAAUGGCUUUUUUGCGCCAGCAGAUAUCUCUAUGCUCUGGCCAAGCUGGGCAAGGCACUCCCCAUUUUCCUUCGAUGUACCAAGAGGGGCAUCCCGUGGGCAGGCGUCUGGACCACAGCGCUUAUUCUCUGCGUGAGUUAUCUUGACGUCUCUAACUCGGGCUCGUCGGUCUCCAAUUGGCUGUCUAGCAUCUCGGCCAUUUCCAACUGUUUCACCUGGGGUUCCGUUAGCAUCGCCUACCUGGGCUUCCACCGCGCUUUGAAAGCCCAGGGCAUCGAUCGCGACAGUCUACCUUACAAAGCCCCAUUUCAACCUUGCGCCUCCUACCUUGCCCUGACCUUUUUUGCGACUGUCAUCAUGUUCAGCGGCUUCUCAGCCUUUGUCUAUAGGUUUGACCGUCAGGAAUUCAUCACGUCGUACAUAACCAUCCCUAUCUUCUUCACCUUGUACUUUGGACACAAGCUGAUCAGAAAGACGAGCUUGAUAGGGGCGAAGGAUGUUGAUCUAUUUUCUGGAAAACAAGAAGUUGAUCUAGAUGGGGAGUUGAAUGAUGAGGUGCCGCCGAAAAACAUGGUUGAGAAGGUGUUGAACUGGCUUUUUUUUAGGAAGCGAUCACCAGAGACACAGAAUGCGAGCUUGGAUGGAUUAUCCGGAUAG